UUGAAUGAUAUGUGGCUCACAACUAACCUAUCGGUAAUAACACCACUAACCUGUAGUCUAAGUGCUGAUCGGCGGCAAUGUUGACGCCAAGAGUGGGCUUAGAGUAUGCAUCCGGUUAUCGGUUAAAUGCCUCGUUUGGUUAAACUGUGUGUAUUAGGGAGUUGUGGUGUCGGCAAAACAUCUUUAGUUCAACAGUUUAUAGAGAAUAACUUCUCUGUCUCGUAUCAGCCAACUCCUCAAUCGGGAGAUACCUAUAGUUUUUCAGUUGUGAUGAACUCAAAUCUAUACCAAAUCAAGAUCAUAGAUAUGCCAGCCAUCAGCUACUUUCCUAACAAUGCGCUGCAAGAGUGGACCGAUUAUCGCCGGAGCGCUCUUCGCAAUGCUCACGGAUAUCUCCUUGUCUUUGAUCUAACCUCUCCCUAUACUUUUCAGUACGUUAAAGUAAUUCGUGACCAACUGUUUGAAAGUCGAAAUAUGCAAAACAUUCCCGUUUGGAUUGUAGCCAAUAAAGCCGACCUCUGUAUGAAUGUGUUGGCAACUAUUAGAGGCCAUAAAGAUCAUCACCAUCAUCAUCAUCAUCAUCAUCCGCAUCAUCACCAUCAUCAUCAGACACACCAUCAUUUACCAGUUCAUCAUCAUCCAGCUCAUGAAGACAACAUAACUCCGGCAUUCAAAGAGUUGGCAAAUAUGGUCAAAAAACAGUGGAAAUGUAGUUAUAUUGAGUGCUCAGCCAAAUACAACUGGAGAGUGACAACAAUCUUCAGGGAUAUAAUGAAAACAAUUGAAAGUCAACUGAUUGAGAGCCGAUCGGGUGGUGAACACCAUCACCAUCGAGAUCAUAGCAGCACUGACUAUAAUACCGACCAAAUUAAGGUUACUAUAUCUGAUGGCCACACGUCUGGUGCCGCAAGACAUACAAACAACUCGACAUCGAAUAGAAAUAACAAACUCUGUGUUAUAUUAUAA